CCCCAACAUGGCGGCGCCCAGCUCUUUGGGUCAGCACCGGCUGCUGCUCAGCCUCUAACCCCGGCCUUGGCGGGAUCGGCGAGACCAUGGACGGCCCGGGAUUCACGGCCUCGCUGGUGGCUGGCGGGGUAGCAGGUGCCUCUGUUGACUUGAUAUUAUUUCCUCUGGAUACCAUUAAAACCAGGCUGCAGAGUCCCCAAGGAUUUAACAAGGCUGGUGGUUUUCGUGGAAUAUAUGCUGGAGUCCCUUCGGCUGCUGUUGCAUCCUUUCCUAAUGCUGCUGCAUUUUUUCUCACCUAUGAAUAUGUGAAAUAUUUUUUGCACACCGAUUCAGCUUCGUAUUUCAUGCCUGUGAAGCAUAUGCUGGCUGCCUCUGUGGGAGAAGUGGUCGCUUGCCUGAUUCGAGUUCCUUCGGAAGUUGUUAAGCAGAGGGCACAGGUAUCGGCUUCUUCAAGAACAUUUCAGAUUUUUUCUACUAUUUUAUGUGAAGAGGGUAUCCAAGGAUUGUACCGGGGAUAUAAAAGCACAGUCUUAAGAGAGAUUCCUUUCUCCUUGGUCCAGUUUCCCUUGUGGGAGUUCCUAAAGGCCCUCUGGUCCUGGCGGCGGGGUCAUGUGGUGGAUUCUUGGCAGUCAGCUGUCUGUGGAGCUUUUGCAGGUGGUUUCGCAGCCGCAGUCACUACACCUCUGGAUGUGGCAAAGACAAGAAUUAUGCUGGCUAAGGCAGGUUCCAGCACUGCUAGUGGGAAUGUGCUCUCUGCCCUGCAUGGGGUGUGGCAGUCACAAGGGCUGACAGGAUUAUUUGCAGGUGUCUUCCCACGAAUGGCAGCAAUCAGCCUGGGAGGCUUCAUCUUUCUGGGUGCCUAUGACCAGACCCGAGGCUUGCUGUUAGAAGUGGGCAGGAAGAGCCCAUGAGACAGAGACAGUACCGUACAUAUGCACAUCCUGUGGCAUCCCUGCCUUCCAGUGAAUGGCUGCUCAGCUACCCAAACAGCAAAGCCAGGGUUUUGGGGUGCUGUGAAGAGUGCAGCUCCAAGAAUAUGUCAUCUGCAGUAUAGGCUGCCCACCAGGAUACUGUCCAUGAUGGAACUCUGGACCAACUUCAGACCCCUGAAUAAAUACGCUUGGUAAGCUGAGGUCAGGCUCUUCAAAGCUCUUGUUUGAUCCUAUCUUUCACUUCCUGCUGUCCGAUGGAGUUACCAGAAGGCAAGCUGGCUACAGUUGAGAAAAGGAAGGAGGCUUGGGGCAACAACUGUGCAUGUGGGUGUUUCUCCCCUGGGCUAAUUCCUAUUGUGUAAGAUUAUAGCUUUGUUUAAAAAGAAUGAACUGCAGGUGCAUAGCAUGCAUUCUUUCUGGUAACCAGGCUGCUGUUUCUAAUUACCCUUGGAUUUCUCAUAAAAACACAAGAUGGUAUUAUUUUACAGUGAAGUGCUCAACAAUCCAUCCUUGUGGUGUGUGAGCAACAGUGUGCAGUUGUAGUUCCAGUGAGUAAGUGGGCCCAAGUGACUUUGUCACAGCUGACAAGCUAAGCCCUGUGACCACCACCAUCCUCUCUGGCAGUACAUUCUUGUCAUGGUGUGUGGCGGCAAUGCUGGCCACAUAAGGGCUGAAGUAGAAGGGUCAGCAUACUUUGGGACCAUACAGCUUGACUAACCAGCUCCAGGUUGCAAAAAAUUAGUGAGCCAUGUGUGGAAUGCUAUGUCUUCCCUGGAGCCAAGAGGGUGUGAUGCUGCUUUGGGGAAAAAAAUUAUUAAAAGCAGAAUAGCUGCCAUCUAUGAGAGCAAGGACCCCGGCAUACACUUAGUAUUUAUAAAUGAACCUUUAUUAAAGACACUUUUAAUGCCGUUUGUUAGACACUUCAAUAUUUUACAUGUUUUCAAUGUACACUGUACCAAAAUUUCUAUAAAUAAAUAACUUUGUACAUAAAAGUAAUACUUCCUCUUUCACAUUGCCUCUCAGAAGCAGCAAAUUCACAUAUUUUGUGGAAGUAACAUUAAUCAGCUAACUGGAGAAUAAAACUUGAGUGUGCUUGUCCUUGGGCACAGUGGUGACCUGGGACGGCACACUGUGACGGGCCAUCAUUCUGUCAGCGCCCCUCAGCUUUCUGAGAUUUUAAGGACCAAGUUUGUUUCCAUGUCAUUUUUACUGAAUUACCAUUGGCACGCACAAGAUGGUUAGCAACAGGUCCCCAAAGUGCAAAUAUGCCCAGGUCUAGGACUCAAUCUCGCUAUAGUCCAAGCCCAGUUCCACUGUGCAAGGUAAUAGUGUGGACAGGCUUGCUCAGUAGAAAUCAGCCCUGAAAGUGAACUUUUUCCUUUUUAUCCCCCCAAAGUAAUGCUAUACUGGCAGAACUAAAACUUGCUAUUGGAGAAUCCACAGGUACCAACACCAGCAGCCUUUG